UGAGGAAAGGUUUCCAAAAAUAUAUAAUGGAUAGGGUUAGAUAAAAAAAUAAAGUUAGAUAAUAAUAUUAGAUAAUAAUAAUGGAUAUUAAAAAUGAUAGGGGAAUGGAAGAUGAAGCUCUUAUUUCCUCUUCCACACAUCCUUCCUGUCUCUCACUUUAAAAAUAUCAGUGAGACUGCUCUUCUGAGGUGAACGGACAGCCACAUAGCCAAUCAGCUGCUUCUACAUUGGUUCUGUCAUCAGGCUCGGAAAUUAAGGAAGGAUCUACUGCUUUGCUGCAGCAGCUGCUGCCUCUUUUACUGUGUAUUUUUCUGUGUGGGGGUGUGUGUGUGUGUAUCCGUAUGUGUGUGCAUGUGCAUGCAAAUACUAGGACUGAGCUACCUUGAAGCAAAUGCUCAGCAUUCUAUAAUGUGAACCAGUCAGCAGCAGUGUAGGACGGAGGAAAAGCAGCAUCCUUUGAUAGAUGGGCCUCUGGAGGAGCAGACGUGAAUAAAUGGGAGGGAAGAGCCUUUUUGUUUUUUUAAUUUAUUAUAUUUAGUACCUUCUUCCAAAAGAGCAAAAGGAUUGUCUUCACUCUCAUCAGCGAUUCUUCUCUCUCCUGCGUGGUGCCCUCUCCCUUCUUCUCUCCCUUCACUCUUUAAUCCCCCCCUUACAUUUUUCUUGAGGCUCUUGUUGGAAUAUUAAACCUCCAUGUAUGACAAUUUGUACCUGCAUGGAUUUGAAGACUCGGAGCCGGGUUCCGCCGAUUCAUAUACUAGCCGACCAUCUGACUCAGAUGUCUCUUUGGAGGAGGAGCGAGAACUCCCGGCUCAGGUUCAGAGCCAAAGCCCAAACCAAAGCCAAGGACCAGGACAGAGUCGCCAGGAGAGGGAGCAGCAGGCCUCCAUUCAACUAGAGAAAGCCAAGACCAAACCAGUGGCAUUUGCUGUCAGGACCAAUGUCAGCUACUGUGGUGCCCUGGAUGAGGAUGUUCCAGUCCCUGCCACUGCCAUCUCUUUUGAUGCCAAAGAUUUCCUGCACAUAAAAGAGAAGUUCAACAAUGACUGGUGGAUAGGCCGACUAGUGAAAGAGGGCUGUGAGAUUGGCUUCAUCCCCAGCCCUCUGAAGCUUGAGAACAUCCGACUCCAGCAGGAGCAGAAGAGAGGACGAGUACAAGGUAAGUCUGAAGGGAAUUCCUCUUCCACUGUAGAGGAUGGUUCAACCUCUAUCCACCCUCUCAUGUCCCCAUCAGGAAAACAGAAACAGAAACUGACUGAGCAUAUUCCCCCGUAUGAUGUGGUCCCCUCUAUGAGGCCUGUUAUUCUGGUUGGACCGUCGCUCAAGGGUUAUGAGGUGACGGACAUGAUGCAGAAAGCGCUGUUUGACUUCCUCAAACACAGAUUUGACGGCAGGAUAUCAAUCACACAUGUCACAGCAGAUAUAUCAUUAGCCAAGAGGUCUGUUCUCAACAACCCUAGUAAAAGAGCCAUCAUUGAAAGAUCCAACACUCGCUCCAGCUUAGCUGAGGUGCAAAGCGAGAUUGAGAGGAUCUUCGAGUUGGCCCGCUCACUGCAGUUAGUGGUGCUGGACGCUGACACCAUCAACCAUCCAGCCCAACUUGUGAAGACCUCACUGGCCCCCAUUAUUGUCCAUGUAAAGGUGUCUUCACCAAAGGUUUUACAGAGGCUAGUCAAGUCCAGAGGAAAGUCCCAAAGCAAACAUCUGAAUGUACAGCUGGUUGCGGCAGACAAAUUAGCCCAGUGUCCUCAGGAAAUGUUUGACAUCAUCCUGGAUGAGAACCAGUUGGAGGACGCCUGCGAACAUCUCGCUGAAUACUUGGAGGCCUAUUGGAAGGCAACACAUACUUUGAUGGUUACGCCUCUAAACCCCCUGCUAGGACACAGCCUUGGACCCACCACUCUCACCUCGUACCCUACCAGCAUUUCUGGACUGCAGAGCCAAAGGAUGGGCCAGAGUAACCACAUGGGAGAUCAUUCAAACCCAAAUGUGCGACGCAACUUGAUGACUGCAGCCGAAAACUAUCACAAUGAGCAGACACACAAGGGAAUCAACCGCAUGUCAUCGAGCUCACAUCAUAGUCACGAGCAGCAGGACCGUUACCAGGAAUACCAGGACCCCUACCAGGAUUCAUACAAACCACAUCGCAACAACUCUUGUCAUCGACUUUGAGUCCAGCACUAAUCCAGAGGAAAUUAGUGCUGGACUCUUUCACCACUGCGGCCCACAUUCUGUUCCAAACAAUGGCUGCAGUAGAGCAACAACAGUCCCAAAAUUGUACUUGUUUGGUUGGAAUUAGUUGAAUUUAUUAACUGACUUUAAUUAUCUUUUGAUGUCAAACUUUUAUCACUGCAGGAGCUGUAAAGAAACCCCUUCAAAUUAACUAAGUCGAUUACAUGAAUUAAAAAUUCACAGGACUCAGGAAGCCCUGGGUUGGCAGGUACAGGCGGAGCCUAGAGACUGUAUCUGGGUAGUGAAAAACAUAUUCCUUAAUUUUUAUUUAAACUAAAUUUUUAAAUCCAUUUUACUGUUGAGUAUUACUCUAAGAGACGCGAGCUCUGUGUAUUAUUGUUCAGUCCAUCCAGGAUCUGUUCAGGCGAUACCGCUAACUAACUAACUAACUAACUAAUGAAUUCUAGGCGCUCACCCUCAAUAUGUCACUUCCUGUUUCACUGCUGAGUAAUUUACUUUGUGUUGCUUCACUCACUAGUCAUGUUCUGACAAUGGAUGUUUAAAGA